AUCUGGCAAAAAAUGGAAACCAGUGUGGUUGUCUCUGUUUCCUCCCAGUAGCAGCGCAGUGGGUCGACUGGAGAUCCAGGGUGUGGGAGGUACAGUAUCUGCUUCUACCACUCUCUGUCACUGGUCUUAUUUUGAAGGUUUGACCAGAUGAAUCACUGAGAACACAGUAACUUCCGGUUCAAUGAGCUCAAACGGAGGGGGGGCAGGAGGUGAUCAUGGCACUGGGGUCAGGAGACACCACCAGCCUCUGGGGGACAGGAAGAUGAAGGUGGUACGACUGUCCGAGCUGAUCAGUGUCCUCAGACUCCCUCCGAACGCCGAGGCGUGUCCCAUGGUGAGCUUGUCCGGCUUUGUAAUCUUUACACGUAUGAGGUUGAAUGAAGACUACAGGCUGUUGUCUGUGCUGCAGGACAACAUGUCCGCCUUCUGUGUGGAGACCCAGGACAGGACCAUGGUGUUUGCUGCACUCAAAGACGACUGUGUGGACUGGGUGGAAAAACUGUGUCACAGCACGUUUCAGAGAGGAGGCGUCUCAGGCUCUCAGCAGCUCCACAUGGAGGAGAACCAGAUAUAUGCCUCAGCAGACCAAGCCUCAGAGUUCUGGGUGGUGGUCCAGAGGACGGAUGCAGCGAUACGUUGUGGCCUGCAGGGGUCCUACUGGCUGCAGGUGGGACGAGAGGCAUUGCUGCUCAGAGAGGGACAGAAGAAGAGCGCUGUGAGAGAGUGGCCAUAUGAGCUGCUGAGACGAUAUGGAAAAGAUAAGCUGGCUUUAACCAUCGAGGCGGGCAGACGCUGUGACUCUGGUCCUGGAACGUUCACCUUUGAGACUCAGCAGGCCGAGAAAAUAUUCUCCCUGAUUCAGAGCACCAUCAAACAGAAGACGUCAGCUGCUGCAGGUAGCCAGAACCAGGAGGGUGAGAAAGGUAACCCAGCCAUCAUACGGUCUCAUUCCCCCCUCCCCAAAGUUCCUGAUGUGACUAGCGUGAGGACAGAGGAGAGGAAAAGUCCCGCUCCAGAAGGGCUGUCUGCUCAGUCACAGCCAGCUCCCAUCACCCUCAUGCCUCUCCCACUGGUCCCCACACACAACACCACCCCUGGAGGUCAUCACAGCGGCCAAUCAGACGUUGUGUACGCUGACCCGGCUGACUGCAUCCAGUCUGUAGCAAGACUACAGCCGUCCACAGCUCAGUACGUAGACCCUGCAAGCGUUCUUCCGCUCGAACCCCCCACUUCAAGAGAACCCGUCUCCACAGCUCCGCCCUCCUCCAGUCCUCACCCCAGCUUCACCUCCGAUCACCCAGACUCAGUCUACUCAGAGGUGUACGACCGGCUCCGUCCGGCGCAGAGUAAACUAGCGAAGAGCAAAGAUGUUGAACCCAUUUACACUGAGCCCCUGAGUGAGAGGGAACAGGUGACCCGCAACACUGACAGCAAACCGGACCCGUUCGCCCAGCUGUAUGCUCAUGUCUGCAAACCAGCUCCGUCACCUGGUCCCUCCACCCCAUCCUGCUCCACCUCUCUGUCUGUUAGUGGCAACACAACCACAACAACAGACCACUGUCAAGAGGAUGUCAUCUAUGAAAACCUGGGCAUCAUUUAGUGGCUU